AAAGAGGGCAACGUCCGGUUCCCCUCGCACUCUCGCAGACACAUGUUUCCAUUUCAAUUCAAGCCCCAAAAACUGCAUGUAUCACGUGUUAGUUUUUCAUCAUGCAAAUUUAUUUGGCUGCUACAAAUACAUGAUAAAAUUUACAACGUCAAGAGACGAGAGAUAAAGUUGCACAACAUAUUGUUCUGGUAAAGCUUCGAUAAAGUUGCACAACAUACAAUGUUGUGCAACUUUUGCAACGCUAUUGUCAACAAUUACACCCACAACAAUGUUCAAAAACUUUAUCCAUUAUUAGUAAUAUGUGAGAUUUGUAACAUGUCCCUUCCACAUUAUUUUUCCAACCUAUUUUGACCCGUAUACCCUACUUAGACAACCUUAGUGAGAAAAAUAAACUUUGAUACGAAGUCUGUUGAAUUGUAUUAUGUUUCAAAGAUGUAUAUAUAAUUACAAGAACACAAACGGAGGUUUUCUACUUCACCUCUAAUAAUCUAAUAUAUCCAUUAACAAUAUCCAGACCAGUCUUCGUCAAACACCAUGCCAUUAUACAAAAUCAAACUUUAGGAACUAAAGUUUAGUAAAAUGUAAAAUAUAUAUAUUAGAUAAGUUGUAGUAGACCAAACCAGCAAUGGGUGGUGCACACGUUUGUUUCUGUUUGACCAAACAUCAAUUACAAAGACCAUCUCAAUUCCUUUCCCUUUUCUUGCACAUUACCCUGUCCCUAUCCUCUGUUUCUUCUUCCCAUUUUCCCUUUGUUAUUUUUCUUAUCUAUUUGUUUUGUUUCUCUCCUCAUCAAGAUUUAUAGUCUCACAUCGUUGCUUCAUCAAAAACAUUGUAUACCUUGAUUUCAGUUUGUCGUAUGAUUUCUUUCUCUAUCGCUGAUUCUUUCUAAUGGGUAAUUGCUUUGGUUCAUCUGCAAAAGUAGAUAGCAGAGAAAGUCCAUAUUGUGGAUCCUCAAGAAUCUAUGCCAAACCGAGCCAAUCGUCUCGCCUCUCAAGCCUAACCAUAGCACCACCAUCUUACAGCGAUGACAGGAGUUCCACCUCUCUUCCCACUCCAAAGAGUGAAGGAGUUCUCUUAGCAUCUCCCACGCUAAAGGCCUUUACGUUUAACGAUCUAAAGACAGCCACUAGGAACUUCAGACCUGAUAGUGUUAUCGGUGAAGGCGGUUUUGGUUAUGUUUACAAAGGAUGGAUUAACGAGCGGACGUUAACGCCUUCAAAACCAGGAUCAGGCAUCGUUGUUGCUGUCAAAAAGCUUAAAGACGAUACGCCUCAAGGACACAAGGAGUGGUUGGCUGAGGUUGACUAUCUGGGGAGGCUUCACCAUAUGAAUCUUGUGAAAUUAAUUGGAUACUGCUUGAAGGGUGAUUACAUUAGGCUUUUGGUAUACGAGUACAUGCCCAAAGGAAGCUUAGAAAGUCAUCUCUUUAGACGUGGGGCAGAGCCGAUUCCGUGGAAAACAAGGAUGAAAGUGGCAAUUGGUGCCGCGAGAGGGCUUGCUUUCCUUCACGAUGCACAAGUCAUAUAUAGAGACUUCAAGGCCUCCAAUAUUCUACUAGAUUCGGACUUCAAUGCAAAGCUUUCUGAUUUUGGUUUGGCGAGAGAAGGACCGAAAGGAGACAAAACACACGUAUCAACUCAGGUGAUGGGAACUCAUGGAUAUGCAGCACCUGAAUAUGUCUCCACGGGUCGAAUAACCACAAAAAGCGACGUCUACAGCUUCGGUGUGGUCUUGCUCGAGUUACUCUCAGGACGUCCAACUGUAGACCAAUCGAAAGUCGGAGUGGAACGAAAUCUAGUGGAUUGGGCAAUACCUUACUUAGGAGCUGAUAGAAGGAAAGUGUUUAGGAUAAUGGACACAAAACUUGAAGGACAGUAUCCUCACAAAGGGGCUUGUUUGGCUGCUAAUAUUGCGUUGCAGUGCCUCAACCAAGAGGCUAAGUUGAGGCCAAAUAUGUCGGAUGUAUUAUCUACUCUUGAAGAGCUUCAGAUGAAGAGUUCUACUUCAAAGACGGUCAUGAAAAUGACAUCUUCUUCCUCUCCGCUGGCGGAGAAACGGAGAGUUAAAGCUCCGGGUGCUUCUUCGGUGGUGACUCGUGGGAGAGGUCCACGUGACAGGUGAAGCACCAGCCGAAGAUAGUUUAGGUCUUAAUUAUGAGUGUAUGUAAUUUUGUUUUCGGAAAGGGUCCGUCUUUAACAUCACAUUCUACAUAUUACAUUUUUUGUAUUAUUCUCUCUCUUUUCUUUUGAACUUAGAUUUCGUGGACCGAAAUUAAGACUAGUUCUGAAAGUAUGCUAGCUGCUGCUAGAUUAAUGCACGCUGGCAUAAAAUGUGAGUUUUGUACUUGUCCAUUUGAGUUGUUAGUUUAUCAUAAAACGUUUGACUUUUGUAACUGGAAUUGAAUUUGUACUUUUCAUACAUAUGAUUGUAUACUAUGUAUAUAUAUCGUGUAGACAUAAUAAACAUGCACUAUAUUUAUGUGUAUUAUAUAUACUAUUAAAUAGAAAUGUACAACGUACUAUACUCAAAUGUAAAAUGAAAAUUAGGAAAAGUAUAUAAGAUAUAAUCCGUUCCAAAAUGAUAUUUCCAAUUAUAUAUUCGUCUGAAUUUGAUAAACAUUUGCAUAAGACUAAUAUAGUUAUAACGAAUUUGAAAAUAAAUAUAAUAAUAGUUAUUAGCAAAAGAGGAAAAAAAGUGUUAGCAUCAAUUGAGAAUACCUUAUUUUCUGGAUGUAUUAUAUUUGAAACCGUAGAAUGGGUCCAGGAGUUCCCCCAAACACUUCAGUGGGUAAUCUUCAUAAGAAAUUGUAUACCCAAUGAAGUGCUCAGAGGAACUCUAGGAGACAUCCGACCAAGAAUAUUGAUACUUAGUUUAUAUGUUACAGGUUAGCAUUGCAUUAUAUAUGGGUGGAAAUAUGAACACAAGAGGUUGAUAUAAGGUUUGAGAAGAUGGAAGUAGUUAUGUUCUAUAUAUAGUUAGAGUCUUAGAGGAUAAACCCUAAUGUUCUAUGAGACCAGAGAUGGAGUGAAAUCGUCCAUGAUAGAAGUCAUGACCAAGGAAAGCAUUUUGAAUGUAGACGCUAAUUGGGGUAAAAGGAAAGAGUAAGGAGAAUAAGAAUUUUGCCAAAAGUCCUUACGGCUUUUCACAAGAUAGAAAGGAUCUAAACACGUAACGUACGUAGAGAUUCUGUUAUAUUUUAUGUGCUAGAAGUGCCCAUACCGGUUCUUGCUACAUUUUGAAAAGGAGAUACUCUUCAAUAGUUAAUUUUGUAUUUUUACUUAUUUGUAUUAUAAUUUGGAGAAAAGCUUAGUAACAUCUUGUUCCUGAUCAGCUGAUUAAAAAAAAUGAUGAUCAUCAACAAAAAAUAGUCUUACAACAUAAUAUAUAUAUAUAUACACACUAAUAAAUGAUGUAAUGAAUUGUUGUUCUUAUAGCUGAAAUCGACUGUUCUUUGAAACUAACUAGUUAACAAAAGAAAAAAACAACUCUUUAGCCCCAUACGUGGUGCAUCGUAUGAUUGUAUCAAAUUUAUAUAUUGAAUUGGAAAAUUCAAAGUCAAAUUAAUGAUGUAAGAAACGAUUAACUGAUAGUUAUGGAGAAUAUAUGGUAUACACAUUAAUUUGAUGAGUGAUCAUAAACAAAAGAAGAAGAAAAGGCAUAGAGUAUCAGUGAAAAGAAUACUUCUGUCGUUUCAAAAUAUUUCCAAGCAAACGGAGGGACAAAAUAAAAAUAUUCUGUCAAAUUCCUAACGAAGCCCAACAUUUCGACUCGAUUCAUCUUUCACAUAAUCGAAUUUCCACACGUUCUUUAAUUGAUUUAUUCGAAUAUAUGAUUAUUGGCCCCAUUAUGAAAAUUUUGAUUGGAGACCUUUGUAAAUUGCAGUGAUAUAUAAAUAGGCAUGCAAUUAGUAUUAUUUUAUCAGGCCAAGCUAGAAGAGAGUCAAAUGCCUCCAUGAGUUCCCUUUAACGCUUCAUUGUGAUUACUCCAGUCACAUUUAUUUUUCUUAAAUGUUUGGUCGAUUUUUGUAUACAACACUGAAGUGUUUGGGGGGACUCGUGGUGCCAUUCUGGCGUUGAAGUGGUGAUUGUUGUGCCAGUUUUUAUGGUUUCUUUUAAAUUAGUAAGUUUUCAUAGUAUUCCACAUGUUUCAUGAAUUGUCUUUCUAUCUUAUAAAUUUAAGGUUCAAUGAUAAAUGCAUAGGACAAUCUUGUUUCAAGUUUGGUUUUGGUACAUUUCUUCUUUUGGUUUUAUGAUCUGUUGUAGCAAGUGAAAUCAAAUUUGUAGGUUUUAUUCUUGCGACGUCCAACUAUAGACCAAGCAAAAGUCGGAGUGGAACUAAAUCUGGUGGAUUACGCAAUACCUUACUUAGGAGAUUGAAGGAAAGUUUUUUAGGAUAACAAACACAAAACUUGAAGGACAGUCCUCACAAAGGGGCUUCUUUGACUGCCAAUAUGUUGCAAUGUCUGAGGCUAAGCUGAGGCCAAAUAUGUCUGAUGUAUUAUGUACUCUUAAAAGAGUUCUACUUU